AUGGAUUUCCUGAAUUUGUUUUCUGAAGAAUUCUUACUCAAAGAACUAAAUACGAUUAAUAAAAAAGUAGCUGUACUUACUGGCCCUCUAGGAGCUGGAAAAACAACUCUUUUAGAAAAUAUAAUAUUGUCGCGAAAGUUGACUGAUUAUAGUUGCUCCCGACUGACAUGGAUAAUAAAUAUAGAAUUAUCAAAAGCAGCAGAGUAUCUACAAAAUAAAAGUUCGAAUCUCAGUCUUUUAGGAUUGUUAAGCUACAGUGAAGAUACUAGAGGUAACUUCGAAAUACAGGCUUUAAAAUCUAUUGAGAAGAUUAUCGUAAUCGAUGGAAUAGACGAAAAUAAUUCAGAGUACAUUCAUGAAGUGCAAGAUUUGAUUGAUGCAUCAAAUUUAGAGAAUCUGAACGUUUUAUUAGUAAUAAUGGCCUGCAGGAACUACGAUUUUAUCUUUCGAAAUAAGCCUGACGUGGAAACAAUUGUGGUAGAGCCGUUUAAUGAAAAAGAUCAAGAGAUUUUUUUUGAGAAUAUUGUUGUAAGAGAUGCUUUUGGUACUUACUUAACAAAAACAAGAAAGUUUGCUGCUAGCAAGAGCCUUCCACGCGAAUUACAAGAACUUUUCAAUACUGAUAUAUCCCCCUCUAUAAAUACAUCGAUGCUUUCAAUUGGAAUAUUCGAAGAAAAAAAUGGAGCAUUUAAAUUUAUUCACAAAAGUUUUGAAGAGUACUUUGCCGCCGAAUACAUUUGGAAUUGUCUCAGUCAUAAACGUAUUAGCGACUCUAUACUUUUAGCUCUUCUUAACAAACUUUUCCUUAAUUCACAGUAUGCCGGUGUAUCUGGAUUCUUUGAAGAAAUUCUCAUUACCAAAAUAUCAGAUAGAGGUCUCAAGAAGAUUAGUAAAGAGUUUGGUCAGGCACUUAGUGAACAAAGAUGGGUAGAAAGUAUAUCACUUUUAGUAUUUCAAGGCUAUUUUAAUAUUGUCAAAUUUGUAUUUCACGAAUACGAUGGUUUUUCCAAGGUUAUUAAUCAUAGGGGUACUUCUGGUGAAACGGCAUUGCACCUAUCUGCUCACUAUCCACAUCUUGUGAAGUACUUAGUAGAAAAAGGUGCUGAAAUAAACUGCAUUGAUGAAAAUGGACUGACUGUAUUUCAUUAUAUUAUAAUGAUGUGCUGGGACUCAGACAAAUACAAAAUAUAUUUUAAUAUGAUCUUUGAAAAAAUGAAAUAUCGGGAGAAUUUUAAAACAAUAACAUUUUUUGAUGAGUACUUAAAACUUAUACGGAAGGAUCAGCAAAAAGGAAUUCGGUGUAAGGUAGAAUAUGAUGUUAUUCUUGACUUGAUUGAUUAUUUAACAGAUCUUGGAUUGGAUUUAAGCGUUAAAGAUAAAGAUGAAGAUACAUCUGUUCAUUGGGCUGCACAAGCAGGUUUUCUUACUUUACUUAAAACACUGAUAACAAAAUAUAAACUGGAAUAUACGGCUGUUGAUAAAAAUGGAGAUACACCGCUUCAUUAUGCUUGCCAGUUUGACUCUCUUGAUAUAAUGGAAUACUUCGAACAAAGCGAGUUACUUUGUGUGAAUAAUUCUUCACUUGUUUCUUCUUAUAAACCUCCAAAAACGGUAAAAUUAUUAAAUCGGGUGGAUCAACAGACUGAAAGCUUAUUACUUAAAAAUAAAUAUUUGAAUUUAAGUGCUGUAAACACAGACGGAGAAAGUCCUAUACACAGAGCUGCUUCAGGAAAUGCUGUCAAUAUAUUAAUUUGUCUAAUUAAUAAGUAUAAAUUAAAUCCAAAACUAGUUGACAACUACGGAUAUACACCUCUUCAUGAAGCAGCUUCCACUAAUUCCUUGGAAGCUUUUACAUUUUUAUUAGAGACUGCUCAAUUGGACAUUAACGACUGCAACAACAAAGGUAAUUCUGUUUUACAUAGCGCAGCAGGUGGAAAUGCUAUAAAAAUAAUCAAAUAUCUUUAUUCAAAAGAUAAAUACAGACAUAUCUUUGAACAAAAAAAUAACGAUGGUGAUACAAUCAUCCAUAGUGCAGCGAGGGGAGAUGCUGCAGAUGCUUUAACAUAUUUAAUUUUUACUUGUAAGUUAGCUUGUGAUAUUCCUGACAAAUACGGCAAUACUCCUGCCCAUGAUGCAGCUAAAAACAAUUCUCUUAAUGCUCUAAUAAUUUUGGAAAACAACAAAGUAAACUUAACUGCUAAAAAUAAGAGAGGUGUUAGUUUAUUACACAGGUCAGCUUCUAGCAACGCAAUAGAUGUAAUUAAACAUUUAACUAUGGGACUUAAUAGAAAUACUAAUGCAGAAACAAAGCUAAAUCUGGUAGAUAAUUACGGAAAUACACCUUUGCAUUCAGCAGCUUCACACGAUGCAUUAAAAGCUUUUAAGUAUUUGUUAACUCAGGCCAAACUUGAUGUUAAUCAAUGCAACGAACGUGGUGAGUCAGUCGUUCAUAAGGCUGCGUAUGAAAAUUCUAUGAAUGUGCUUAAGUUUCUGAUGGAUGACAAUAAACUAUGCCCAAAAUUAGAGGACGAAUUCGGUAAUACACCUCUUCAUGAUGCGGCUUAUAAUGACUCACUAGAAGCAUUCAAAUUGCUGCUUCAGUCUGAGAAAAUAGAUGUUAAUGACUGCAACAAUACAGGUGAUACCGUGCUUCACAAAGCUGCAUACGGAAAUGCAACAAAAAUAAUUGAAUACUUACAUUCAGAGCCUGAUUACGUACAUUUAUUUCAUAUUAAAAAUAAAAUGAAACAAACUGCCUUGCACAAAGCUAGUAAAAACAAUUCUGUAGAGGCUUUAACUUUUUUAGUUAGCCAUUAUCAGUACCUCGUUGAUGUUUUAGAUGAAAAUGGCAAUACUCCUCUUCAUGAAGCAUAUUUCUACGAUUCAUUAGAAAGUUUUAAAUUUUUAUUACAAUACACAAAAUUGGAUAAUAAUACAUGUUGUAAACAAAAUGGUCAAACGGUUUUACACAUAGCUGCUGGUCGAAACUCUAUGAAAGUGCUUAAGUUUCUUAUAGAUGACUAUAAACUAAAACCAAAGCUAGUUGAUGAAAAUGGUAAUACGCCUCUCCAUAUUGCGGCUGUGAAUGACUCACUAGAAGCAUUCAAGUAUCUGGUUCAAUCGGAGGAAAUUAAUGUUAAUGAUUGCAACAAUAUGGGUAAUAACGUGCUUCACUACGCUGCAUAUGGAAAUUCAACAAAAAUAAUUGAAUACCUACACUCAGAACCUGCUUACGCAUGUUUAUUUAAUAUUAAAAAUAACAUGAAACAAUCUGUCUUGCACGCAGCUUGUAAAAGAAAUUCUGUAGAAGCGUUAACCUUCUUAAUCGACAGUUAUCCGUGCCUCAUUAAUAGUGUAGAUAAAGAUGGCAAUACUCCUCUUCAUGAAGCAGCUCUCUACGAUUCAUUAGAGAGUUUUAAAUAUUUAUUAAGACGCACAAAAUUAGAUACUAAGACAUGUAACCAUCGAGGUCUAACUAGUUUACACAUAGCUGCUGCUAGAAACUCUAUGAAUGUUCUUAAGUUUCUUAUAAAUGACUAUAAACUAAGCCCAAAUUUAUCUGAUGAAGAUAGUAGUACGUCUCUCCAUAUUGCGGCUGUAAAUGGAUCACUAGAAGCAUUCAAAUAUCUGCUUCAAUCCGAGAAAAUUGAUGUUAAAGAUUGCAACAAUAGAGGAGAUACCGUGCUUCACUGGGCUGCAUACGGAAAUGCCACAAAAAUAAUUGAACACCUACAGUCAGAACCUGCUUACGCAAAUUUAUUUAAUUUUACAAAUAAAAUGAAACAAACUGCCUUGCAUAGAGCGAGUCAAGGGAAUGCUGUACAAGCUUUAUCCUUCUUAGUCAACAAUUAUCCGCACCUCAUUAAUGUUGUAGACGAAAAAGGCAAUACUCCUCUUCACGUCGCAGCUUCCAAUGACUCAUUAGAAAGCUGUAAAUAUUUAUUACAAUGCCCACAAUUGGAUAUUAAGACAUGUAACCAAAAGGGUGAAACUGUUUUACACAUUGCUGCGUGUGAAAACUCUACGAAAAUUCUUAAAUAUCUAAUUGAUGAGUGUAAUAUGAGUCCAACUCUGGUUGAUAUUCAUGGGGAUACACCACUCCAUGUUGCAGCUUUUAACAACUCCCUUGGAGCUUUCACCGAUUUGUUAAAGACUGAAAAAUUAAAUAUUAACGAUUGCAAUGAUAAAGGUGAUACCGUUCUACACAAAGCUGUACGUGGGAAAGCCAUAAGAAUAAUUGAAGUUAUAUUUAAAAGUUUCAUGCAGUGA